CAAAGUAUUUAUUAUCACAGCAUAUCAAUUGUGAACGAAUAUUAAAAAAGGAUCAACGUUAUUGUAAUAUUGAUUCUAGAUAUAAUCAAUAUUAUACAAAGGCCUUUCUAUAAUUAUUGUAUCGUCAAUCAUGUCCUGCAUAUAGACGUCGAAAACAGCAAAGUGAACAAGAAAAAAAUUAUUUUUGACCCUGCUUUAAUUGAUUCUUAGCCAUUUGCUGUUAUUGGUUUUAUUUCCAACAAUCAAACCCCCUACCAUGUUCCUACUGAUGCAGCUUGUAAACCAGUCAUGCGGAACACCGUCGUCACGUCGUCCGCUAAAAAGUAAUCCCACGUGGUUUUUGGAGUGUAGGUACGCCAUAACGCCCAUAACGCCCAGUACAUGCUGCAAUCCGCAUAACCUCAAAAACGAUACGUUGCAUCAUACACUGCGCUGCGAGCCGCAGUGUGUUGUGCUGAGCUCGCGCUGAGUGGACUGCGGCGAUGAGUAACGAAGCUCACGUGUCUCGAUAUUUUCUUGCUAAUAUUUUUUGUUACGAUAUUGUUUAUUAUCACGUUCAAAAGGAAACAUGAAGUUCUGCGCGACAUCAUUGACGCGAUGCACGCCUCGGCUGGGAACACUGACGGAGAUCGAAAGGCUGCCUAAUCUGUCUUUUGAAACGCCUCUGUUGCUUCUGUAUACAAGAAGAGGCAGCGUCCCACAUUUGAGCAAGGAUGUGUUCAAAAGGUUGACAGAGGAGCAGCAGUUUUUGUUGACAUCGCUGCCGUCGACUAUUUUCAUGACGGAUUUCGUCAAGCAGUUCGAAUCCUUCAAUGAUUAUGUCAGCAUGCAGGAAUACCCAUUUUUCUUGAGUAUUCAAGACCCAUCGGAAACUACGAAUUCAGGUUAUCAAAAAAACCAAUCCAUUGCUGUGUGGUCCAGGAAUGGAAGAUCCACGGUCACUCCUGAUAGAUAUAUGAAUAUAGCAGAAAUUUUUAAACCAGAUAUGUACGUUACCUUGUGCGAUGGGGAUACGGAUCAAGAUAGUAGCUCAAAGCGAAUUAGCAAAACCAUAGAGAGGAGCAAAGUGUUGUUUGAAAAGUGCCUUACACGACAUUUGGCCUCUGAUAUACUGAAGAACAAGGGUUUCCUAGGCUCCAUUGAGGGCGGGUACAAUCUUCAGGCCAGAGAGAAAUCCAUAAAGUAUAUGGAAGGUAAACCACUUCUUGGAUACAUGAUUGAUGGACUACACAAAAAUGGUAUUGAAGUACAAAAUAUUAGCAUAGAUCAAAUUAAACCUGUGAUUGAACAUUCUCUUAAUUUACUUCCCAUGGAUAAACUCCGUGUUCUGAUGGGUUGUUGGAACCCACCAACCAUUUUAGAUUUAGUUGACUUGGGCAUAGAUGUAUUUGAUUCCUCGUAUUCAUUUUUAAUGACAGAACAGUCAAAAGCCUUAACUUUCUUAUGCAAUGAUUGUAAACAUGGAGAAAGAAGUGCCUUGAUAAAUCUUUCUGAGAAAAGAUAUGUAGAAGAUUUUGAACCUAUCUGUAAAGCAUGUUCAUGCUUAACUUGUAAAAACCACACCAAAGCAUAUAUAAAUCACCUCAUACAGACCAAAGAAUUACUAGCAGAGGUACUCCUGAUGAUACACAAUACUCAUCAUUACAUGGAGUUCUUCAAAGCUAUCCGGCAGCAUAUAAAAAAUGGAACUUUUCACGAAUUUCGAAAUAAAAUUUACGUGAAAUUUUCGCAGAUGAUUGAACAAUCAUGAUUUUUCAAAUAAAGGUAUUUUUAAUAUAAAAAAUAA